AUCCAUCUUAUUCAAAGCUUAGUGCGACCUUUUUCAUCACUGUUCUUCAAGAAAACAUGUUUGAUACAGCAAAACACCUGUUGAUCAUCUAAAAUGAUUGCUUCUUUGUACUUCACUUCACCAUCCUGCCUGUCUCUUCCACAUUAUCAUGCACUUUUUGUAGCGUGUAAUCAAAGGAGACGGGAUCAACUCCAGCAGCAUGUCAAAUCAAACACCAUUAACAAUUUACGGCAAAGACGUGAAGAAAUUGGCGUCUCCGAUCACUGCAUCUGCCAUGAUUGGGGUCUUUUUUCUCCGAUCACUGCAUGAGCCACGAUUGGGACUCUUUUUUCAUACUGGAAUUUCGACCACCAAGAUCCUUUUCCAAAUAUGGUCCUGAGCAUCCGGGUGGGGCGUGGCAUUUCCAUUGAAAACACAAGAAAGAUCAGCAUCACAUGGGGAAGUGGGGAAGGGGGGCCAGAGGACAGGUAGCUUCUUCCUUGAGGUCUAUCCUGCUCUAGUACUGGGUCAUUUUUCUGCCGUAUAUAUCCUACAUGGCCCCAGAGGAAUCGACAUUGAAUAUCAUAUCUCCCUCCCUCUUCAUCUCUAGCUGCACUUGAUAUAAGUGCAGAAACUUGAAUCCUAUGAAUACAUUGGCAAUGGCAACUACUGCUCCAUUGCUCAAAGCAUGUAUUCUUUUCGCAAUAUGCCAACUAACUUGGGCAUCUCUGCUGCAAGAGCAAGAUGCAUACAUCGUACAUAUGGAUGUAUCAAAGAUGCCCACUGUGUUCAGUGGCCAUGAGGAUUGGUACCAUUCUCUCUUGGCAACAGACAGCUUUAAAGCAGCAGCAGCCACUGAUGCCAGCAUGGCCACCUUGAAACCAGUUUAUGUCUACACCAAUGCCAUCAAUGGAUUCAGUGCAAUUCUCUCAUCAUCCCAACUUGAAUUGCUCAAGAAGCAGCCGGCAUUCGUCUCCGCAUAUCCGGACAUGGAGGUGACAAGGGACACGACGCACACGUUUGAGUUCCUGAAUCUCAGCCCUGUCUCUGGCAUAUGGCAGGCUUCCAAAUUCGGUGAGGACGUGAUAAUUGGAAUGAUUGACACCGGAGUUUGGCCGGAGAGCAAAAGCUAUGCAGAUGAAGGCAUGCCUGAGGUGCCAAAGAGAUGGAAAGGCCAGUGCGACUCAGGCAUUGGCUUCAGUUCUUCCAUGUGUAAUAAGAAGCUGAUUGGUGCUCGCUACUUCAACAAGGGCCUCAAAGCCAAGGACCCUAACCUCACCAUCUCUAUGAAUUCACCAAGAGAUGUAGAGGGCCAUGGCACACACACCUCAUCCACUGCUGCAGGCAGCCAUGUGGAAGGUGCCUCUUAUUUCGGCUAUGCUGCAGGCACAGCAAGAGGAAUGGCCCCUCGAGCCCGGCUGGCCAUCUACAAGGCCCUCUGGGAAGAAGGCAGAUAUGCUUCUGAUAUCAUUGCUGCAAUUGAUCAAGCAAUUUCUGAUGGCGUGGAUGUUCUCUCCAUCUCUAUGGGCUACGAUCAAAUUCCCCUGCACCAGGACCCAGUAGCCAUAGCUGCCUUCUCAGCAAUGGAGAAGGGUAUCUUUGUAUCUUCUUCUGCUGGCAAUGAAGGGCCAACACUCAGCACCCUGCACAAUGGCACUCCCUGGGUACUGACCGUCGGAGCUAGCACCAUUGAUCGGAAAUUUGGUGCCGUCAUCACCCUCGGCAACGGCGUCACACUUUUCGGCGCAUCUAUGUAUCCAGGGCUGGAUUCUUCACUAACAAGGGUGCCUCUGCUUUACAGUGAGGCUACCAAGGCGUGCAAUUCUAGUGAAUUGCUCAAGAAUGUCGGCCACAAGGUCGUCCUGUGUGAAUUCACUAAGUAUACUACGGUGCAGAUCUCGACACUAGCAUCUUCUAAUGUAGCCGGCAGCCUCUUCAUAGUCAAUAGUUCUUCCGACCUAUCUGAUGUGAUCCGCGAUUUUCCGGGCGCGAUUUUGAAACUUGAGGAUUCAAAAGCCAUUUUCAGCUACAUAGCAAAAAGUAGCGAUCCAGUGGUAACCAUCAGAUUUGGUGGCACAGUCACCGGCACGAGGCCGGCACCUUCCAUAGCGUACUACACUUCAAGGGGACCAUCGCCAAGCACCCCCAUGGUGCUGAAACCAGACGUGGUGGCUCCAGGAUCGCUUGUAUUGGCAUCAUGGACGAUGAAUUCAUCUGUGGUUACUGUCGGCCAGAAGAGCCUGUUUACAGAUUUUAACAUCAUUUCUGGUACAUCAAUGGCCUGCCCACAUGCCUCAGGUGUUGCAGCCCUUCUCAAGUCAGUGCACCCUGACUGGAGCCCUGCCGCAAUCCGGUCCGCCAUGGUCACGACUGCCAGCAUUUUAGACAAUACCCACGAUCCAAUUCGAGAUGGAGGGCAGGCGGCUGCGCCAUUAGCCAUGGGAGCUGGUCAAAUUGACCCCAACAAGGCCAUGGAUCCUGGUUUGGUUUAUGAUGCCGGCCGCGACGAUUAUGUGAAACUGAUCUGCAGCUUGAAUUACACAAAACGGCAGAUUCAGACUAUAACUCGGUCGCCGUCCGACGUCGAUGACUGUGUUGAUAUCGACAUGGACCUGAAUUAUCCAUCUUUUAUUGCUUUCUUCGCUGGCAAACAGCCUCCUAAGGCGAAAACGUUCAAAAGGGUAGUGACCAAUGUUGGUGAUGUGGGUGCUACUUACAGAGCAGAGAUAAAACAGAUGAAGGGUUUUCUGGUGGCUGUAAGCCCAGAUACUCUAGUGUUCCAGAAGAAGAAUGAGAAAGGAUCUUUCGUGCUGACAAUAGAAAAUACAGGCCCUAUGGAGGAUGAUGUUGUCAGUGGCUCAUUGAGUUGGGUAGAAAGCCAGGGAAACCACGUUGUUAGAAGUCCUAUAGUGGCUACUAAGAUAGAUUAUAACCCAUUACAGUAAGAUUAUUUUGUACAUGAAAUUCUCGGGAUAUGAUUGAAGAACUACAAAUUUGAUUAAGCAAAAAAUAUCGAAAGCAAGAUGAAAAAAAUGUGCAGUUCAGUGGAUUACAGAGAUGCAAUAAUCACUUGCGCUUUCUUUCAUAAAAGAGAAUCUCUUAAGUUGAAUAAUACCGUUGAUUUAGUCCCCUUGUAACAUUUUAGUUUUUGAUCGUGCCGGUGGUGGCAGAUGAUCUUAUCUACCGGUAUGAGGUAAUGGAGGAGAGAAACAAAACAAGGACCUCUGAUGGUAUCCACUGGAGAACCUAUGCCAUUAUCUUUGCUCUGAAGUCUAGCAAUUUUAGACGAAGCGCUACCUCCUUUUUUUUUUCUCUUUUUUUUUCCCCUGUUCAGCAUGCAUUCAGCACCACUUAGACUCUGUCUCUCCAAAUAUGUCUCCUAGCCAUGUGUUUUCCUUUUAAGUAAUUUCUCACGAACUGGCCCAUAUAAAUAAAUGCAAAAAGUUUGAGAAAGUACUAAUGAAAAAGUUAUAAAAAAAUCUGAUGUCUAUCAAAUUUCACGAUUCUAGAAAGUUAGACCAUCAAACUUUUUUAACACUUGGUCCUAUACUUGUUGAGAUUAAUGCGGAUAAAAAUAAGAAGACUUUGUCUCUUUCCCCCUCUCCCUAUCUUUCUAUAUUCAUCUAAGAAAAUGCGUAGAAAUUUGAGUCAUUCCUUAAAGUUGUCCAUGUGCCUCUUCAUGAGUGCUCUGGACCCAUUCUAGUGGCGACCUGAUCUUCCUCGAAUCUGCAAGUGGGUUAGAUAUAGACUUGGUUUUUGCCAUUGUUGGUUUUAUUGAAUCCGAUUUUGGCCCAAUUUCUUAUGUAUUUACCUAUCCCAAUUGACCGCCUAUCUUGUACAAAUCAUGACCAACAACUAUGAUUUUAUUCUGUACAAUCACAUUCCUGGCCAAAAUGACAGAGUGCAAGCAGAAGUUCAACGUUUGCGGAGAUGAAUAACUUAAUUGUAUGAGUUUCUUGAGAAAAUACCUUUGUAGAUUGCCUAUUAGUUCACUUGAUUAAGACUUCAAAGUAAUCGAAGGAGGCAGUGUGUUCUUGAUCAAAGCCUUGUUCCUGAAAGUGAAUGCUGGCUUGUCCACUGGCCUCUUUUUUUCUUUUCCUCUUGCUCACCCCAUGCAUCCGGUGUGGCACAGAGAGGCGGGGGAGGCUCUCUAAAUCCUCCGACGCCUCCUGUAGCCGGUGGGCUUGCUGUUGCUGGGCGGCGUGAGCCUGGUAGAGCGCCGGUGACAGGAGGGGGAGCCGUCGAGGAAGGGAGACGAGCGCGAGAAGGAGACAGUUCCAGGAAAAGGGGGAAAAAGUUA